CCGUAGUACAAUUUUUGGCGUUACGUUUACAUUUGUUCGACGGUUACAGGAGUGAUUAGACUGUUACAUGACAUUUUAUAUUCUUUUUUUUCAUGUUUUCUCGCAUUUCAGUCCUAGUUUAUACGAAUCUUAAGAAAAUUCAUUAUAGUAGGCUUCGUUUUAACGGCGUUUACAUAGAAAUAGGUAUAUUGGAGCGUUUCCAUUGAAAUCAAGGUGCAAAAAUAAGAAAUAAGUUGUUUGUGAUCAUUUCAUCCCAAAGUUAUCGGAUACUGGCGUACAAGGUAAGGAUAUUGGACAUGUCUCUGAAUAAUCCAAACGUGCCAGGAGACUGGAACAAUGAAUUUGUCCGCUCUGUAAACCAGGAGGUGAACACUUAGUAUAUGAUAAUCCCCCAGUUGGCCUGAAAGUUUAAGCAAAUCCUCUGAUAAAGUCCAAUAUGUGUUUUCGAGUAGUCUUGAAAGGUUUGGGGACCAGUUAUUGAGUUAGAAAUCGAAAUUAUUACUUAAUGACAAUAUGUGAAUGUAGGUUAUAGCUUAUCACCAUAAGAAUCUAUGAAAUUUUGGUGUUUUUAAGGGAUCGUCCCAUCUCAUUUGUCUGGGUACGAUCUACCCAAAUUACUGAGACCAUCAGUUCCAUUAUCUUCAGGUGUAGGUUAAAUAUAGGUACCCAUGUUCUGUCGGAAUACAGAAUAAUUCGUUGGUUAAUGUGAAGAUAAUUACUUAGGCUCACAGCUACCGGUAGUCAUAAUGUGCAAGUUGUUAGCUGCUUGUUAGUAAAGCCCUUCCAGAUGAAUAUUUCGGUCAUUUUUGUCAGUUCCUCUCUAGGUAGCUUCUUCAAUCCACUUGAACUCACUCAAGUACAAUCAUCUUACGGGGCAAUGUUCAAAAAAUGCUGUGAAGGUUUUGAAGGUUCCUUAACUAGCAAGUCUCAAAAAAUGCUUCAUUUUUUCCCCUUCAGGUGUUACAUGAAGUCGCGUAAGGUGCGAUGCCUGAGACAAACCACGGAGCUGGGUGCCUCUUCAGAUUCUGAGGAGGAUCGUCUCGAAGAUUCUACUGUACCCGUUGUUGCAGACUCCACAGUAGUUGUGGAAGCAAUAAGAGAAUUGCAAAAACUAAGGAAACGACCAGCUGGAGUAAGCUUGUCUGCACUAGCCACUGGUAAAGAAGUUCCAGAUCUCAAUCUAACAAUCGCCAACGACCCAUUUAGACUUAAGACUGGUGGUCUAGUUGACCUAAACAGUAUUUCAUCUGCUAAACAAUCCGAAGAGGACGAUGACGUUGAAGCUCGUCUAGCCAAAACGUUUGCCACAGAAACUAAUAAGAGAGAUGAAGAUGCCGAAAUGAUCAAGUACAUCGAGGAGGAAGUAGCCAAACGAAAGGGAUUAAUUAAACCCUCCACCCUAGACCGGGAUGAAGAUUCAGACUUACUACAGGAUGUUCCUGAGUAUCUCAAACCUUCGAUUGGUCAACAGAAGGAAGACAUGUUAUCUAACCAAAUGUUAUGUGGUAUCCCUGAAGUUGAUUUGGGUGUAGAAGCGAAAAUGAAAAACAUAGAAGCCACAGAAGAAGCCAAGCAAACACUUUUUAGAAAAAGAAUAAGUCGCAAACAUGGUUAUUCAACAGAUCACAUAGCACCAACUAGUAUGGCAGUCAACUUCGUUCAGCACAGUCGGUGGAAUAGUUACACAAAUGGAAUCAGUAAAAGAGCUGAUUUGAACAACGAACGAGAACUCAACCAAAUAGCCAAUAAUAAUACAAACGAACUAGAAUCAACGAAAAAUAAUCCAAUGUCUCCUCAAAGAGAAAAUCGUCGUUUAAAUAAUAGCCGACCACAUAUUCGUAACGAAAAAUCCACAGAUAAUAUUGCACUUCAACGAUUCAAAAAUUAUAUGCGCGAUAAAAGACGUCGGUGAUGAUUUUAUUCCCUCCUAUUUUUUUUAUCUUGACAGGACAAUGUUUCUUGUUUUUAGUGAUAUUAUGUUUUAAGGUAUAAUGUAUAAUUGAAAUGUAUAUUGUAAAUAUGAUUUAUUACUAUUAUUAUGACUAUUACUAUCGUUGUUUAAUGUUUGUUUGCUAAAAAGUGCUCAGUUGUGAAGUGACUGAUUUAUUAUGGUAUCAAUCAUUGUGUUUAUUAGCUUAACGAUAGUAUCAUUUAAGGUUAUUGAGAACUAUUAUUUCACUAAUCUCAUAGAAUAUUGGUUGCAAUAAGUACUUUAGACAACAAAUCUAGCUAACCCUUUACAAUGCAUAAUUAUGAUUGCCAACUUCUUUUGCUAUUGAAAAAUCCAUUGCAUGGUACAACACACACUUAAAACUAGGAAGUAGUAAAGUUCAGCAAUUCAAAUAGUAUGAAGUAAAAAAAUAAAACAUACUAUGAAUAAAAAAUCCGAG